UGUCAAGAAUAUUGACUUAGCUGAAGGAUUUGCUCAUCUUGUUAACAAUUCAAGCUGUAAAUUAGUUAUCAAAAUCACUUCUUUAUUCAAUUUAAUUAAAUUUAAAUGAAGUCCCAAUUAGCGUCUGGAUUAGCCGGUAGAGCUGCUGUGUAACGGAGCAGGAGCUCCAACGCAACACACAAACUCUCUCUAUUUGCCGACUGAAAGUUUGCAACUUUACUGAGAUCCAAAGAUGAUUGUAACGGCGAAGCUAAGAUUGAUGAAAACCAUGUGUUUUGCUUCAGCUUUCAGGAGCUUCCGCUUUCCAUUGCUAAGGGAAUUGGGAAUGGGUAACUUUCAAUCUCCAACCCUAUUAUUUACUUGUUCUUUCCAUUCUUCUUCGAGAGCAACUUCCGCUCACACACAUAAAGAUGCAAGCUUGAUAUCUAAAUUCAAUUCUGCUUCUUUUAGGGACGUUGAUGAUGCCCUAGCUUCCUUUAAUCACAUCAUUCUUAUGCAUCCUCUGCCUUCUAUUGUUGAAUUUGGUCGAUUUUUAUCUGCUCUUGUCAGAAUGAAACAAUACCAAACGGUCAUUUGCUUGUCCAGAACAAUUGAGUCGCUAGGAAUCUCACACAAUUUUUAUUCUCUUGCCAUCUUGAUUAAUUGCUUCUGCCGCUUACAUCUAGUGGAUUUCGGGUUCUCAAUUUUCGGAAAAAUACUCAAAUUUGGAUUGGAGGCCGACAUUGUGACAUUUAACACCUUAAUUAACGGCCUCUGUGUAGAGGGUAAAAUCAAUAGAGCAGUAGACUUUUUCAAUGACAUGGUUGCAGGAGGUUACCAACCUAAUGUUUGUACUUACACUGUGAUAGUAAGUGGUCUUUGUAAAUUUGGGAAAACAAAUGUGGCUAUUUGGUUGCUAAAAGAAAUGAUUGAGAGAGGUUGUGAGCCAAAUGCUGUGACUUACACUGCAAUUAUCGAUGCCCUUUGCAAGGAUAAGCUAGUUGCUGAGGCUGUAAGCCUCUUCUCUCAAAUGAGGGAUAAGCGCAUUUCGCCUGAUGUUAUCACUUACACCUGCUUAAUUCAUGGUCUUUGCAAUUUAGGCAAAUGGAAUCAAGCUCGAGCCUUGUUGAAAGAAAUGGUGGGGCAUAACAUAUCACCAAACAUUUUUACCUUCAAUAUAUUGAUUGACUCUCUUUGUAAGGAGGGACUGGUUUCAAAUGCUCAAAGUAUAAUCAAGAUAAUGAUUCAAUCAGGUGUGGAGCCUAAUGCUGUCAGUUACAAUUCACUGAUGGACGGAUAUUGUUUGCGUAGCCAAUUGGAUGAAGCUAUAAAAAUUUUUGAUUUGAUGGUACACAAUGGAAUAGUUGAUGCUUUUAGCUACAACAUCUUGAUUAAUGGAUAUUGCAAGAGCAAAAGGAUAGAUGAAGCAAUGCAACUUUUUGAUGAAAUGCCUCAAAAAGGUUUUCUUCCUGACACUGUUACUUAUACUACUCUUAUACAAGGCUUGUGGAAUGCAGGGAAGGCCAGGACUGCACUCGUUCUUUUCAACAACAUGUGUUCUCAUGGUCAGCAGCCAGAUAUAAUAACUUUCUCAACUUUGCUUGAGGGCUUGUGCAAACAGGGGGAUCUUGAUGAGGCACUUACAUUAUUUAAAGAAAUGGAAAAGAGUCAAUUGAAGCCUAAUCAUGUGAGUUAUACCAUUUUGAUUGAUGGCAUGUGCAAAGCUGGGAAGCUUCAUGAUGCUAAGGAAUUUUUUUCUAGGCUUUUUGAAAAAGGCUUGCAGCCUAAUGUUUAUACAUAUGGUAUAAUAAUUAAAGGCCUUUGCAUAGAGGGAUUGCUAGUUGAAGCAUACAAGGUGUUUAGAGGAAUGAAAGAUGGUGGAUGUUCACCGAAUGGUUGCUGUUAUAAUGUAAUUAUUCAAGGAUUUCUCAGACAUGGAGAUGUACCAAAAGCAUCACAACUUAUUGAAGAAAUGGUUGGUAAGGGAUUCACUGCAGAUGCCACGACCGCCAAAUUGGUAAUGCAUUUAUUGCCCAAUGACGAUCUCAUUCUUAGAAAACUGCAAAAUCAGACUGAAGGUUCUAAAGGUGUAAAUGUGAAGUGAGAUAUUAUCAAUCAAUGCCUGGUCAAUAGAUGUAAGACGUCUUUGUUAUGUUGUGUGUUAUUGGUAUGUAAUUCUCUUUCAAUAUGUUUACAAUUACAAUUUAUCCAGUUAGUUGCUUUAGUUUUUAUACAAGAAACUGUUUAUUAGUUGUAAACAUUAAUGAAUAUGUUCUAUUGAUACGUUGUUCUGAAA